UCCUCGUGAUUGUUGUGCUGUUCUGCGUCCUGUCUGGAGCUUUCCCGUGAGUUUUUCCCUGCCGUCGUUCUCUGGGUUUUGCUUUGCUUUCCCCGCCUGGACCAUUUUGGGAUUAUUUGGGAUUUUUGGACUUUUUGUUUUAUCCUGUAUUUUUUGGGUGGACUUCGUUUUUUGCUCAAAUAAAGCCUUGGAAGCCUUCCCCUCAACUCUACUUUUGGGUUUCACACUUUCACAUCAUGACACUCUAGUAGUCCACUGCUCUGCUGAUCACAAUCUCUUCUGGCACAUAAAUGAAUGAACAUGUAGAAAUGGGUUAUACAUCAAGUAACGUGUCCCAUUCAAUCCAUUUAGACAACAAAGGAAGAAAGAAAUAAUAUUCACAUAUCUUUAAUUGGGUCAGCAGUCUUUAAGGAGUUAAUGAGUCUACCCUUGGGCAGCCGAUUACAUGCGGCACCUUACAAUAGGCUACCAUUAUGCAAGUGCUUCGGCUGAAGUGGAACAUCCAUUACAAAUGGUCCAUUCACGCAUUAUUUUACGACAACUUCCAAAAUGAACAUCAAUGAGGACUCUACGCAAUCAAAGAGAGAGUUUCCAAACAAAUCACUUCUGCUGGCUGCGUGUGCUGCGUGUAUAGGGGGAACCUUUCAGUAUGGAUAUAAUGUAUCUAUCAUCAAUGCUCCCACAACGCAUGUCCAGAAUUUCAUCAACCAAACCUGGAGUGAGCGUUUCCAAACUGACAUAUCAGCAGAUGUUCUCACCCUGCUUUGGUCCACUAUUGUGUCUAUAUUCACCAUAGGAGGACUUCUAGGAGUGACGGUCGGUGGGACACUGUCUGUAAAGCUGGGGAGGAAAGGGACGCUGUUGGCCAAUAAUAUAUUUGCAUUCAUGGCUGCCCUGCUAAUGGGUCUGAGUUACCCUACAGGAUUAUUUGAAUUACUCAUCAUUGGACGUUUUCUCACUGGAAUGAAUGCAGGCAUUGGCCUUUGUGUUCAACCUCUGUAUUUGGGGGAAAUUGCUCCAACUGCAUUUCGUGGUGCCAUGGGAAUGGGAACUUCUAUUUUCAUCACUGGUGGGAUCUUGACUGGACAAGUUAUGGGCCUCAAAGAGCUCCUGGGCAAAGAAGAGUACUGGCCCAUCCUGCUCUCCACCACUUGUAUCCCAGCAUUCCUGCAGCUCCUGAUCCCCUGGUUCCCAGAGAGCCCGCGCUACCUGCUCAUUGACAAAGGGGAUGAUGAGGGAUGUAAGAAAGCCCUGAAGCAACUUCACGUUACAACUGGCUGUGAUAGCGAAUGGGCUGAUAUCGAGAAGGAGAAAAAUAAUUUGGUGGAUUUCCAGGCCAAGAAACCCUGGGAGCUCUUGACUGAUCGUAGUGUUCGCAGGCAGCUUCUCACCGUCUUGCUGCUCAACGCUGCACAACAGCUGAACGGCAUCAAUGCUAUUUACUUCUACGCAGAGUACUUGUUCAAACAAUCUGGCAUCCCCACUGAUAAAAUACCAUAUGUGACCGUCGGCACUGGUGCCUGUGAAUGCAUCACAGCUUUAACAUGUGGUAUGCUCAUUGACCGUCUGGGAAGGAAAGUGCUCAUUACGGGAGGAUACACACUGAUGAGUAUCUGCUGCAUUUUAUUCACGCUGACGCUCUCUUUCCAGGAUGCCAGCCCAGUAUUUCCAUAUGUGAGCGUGGUGUGUGUAUUUGCUUUCAUCCUGAGCUUUGGCUUAGGACCAGGUGGCGUGACAAACAUCUUGACCACUGAGCUAUUCACACAGUCGGCACGCCCUGCAGCGUACAUAAUCGCAGGAUCAUUGAACUGGUUGAGCUUCUUUUUUAUCGGCCUGGUCUUCCCUUUUAUUGUGAUCGGGCUGCAGCAGUACUGUUUCCUGGUGUUCCUGGCCGUCUGCUCCUUAACGGCGAUAUACAUUUUCCUUUUUGUUCCUGAAACCAAGAACAAAACCUUUGUGGAAAUCCAGAAUGAGUUUCAGUCCAGAAAGGCCCCCAGUGCUGAUGGAGCAGGCACGACCCUAUUAUCCACUUUUAUAUGAAAUCACUUUUAAUUUUUUUAUGUCUCACAAUAUUUACAGUAUGUCACAAAGAUAAGUAGCUAAAAAUGAGGAUUUAUAGUCCACACACGCCCAACAAAAUAGAUCACUAAAGAGAUAUUGUGAAUUUCGGAAAUAUAGGUUUUACUGGAUAGUCAUAAUUACAUAUUUUUAGUUCACUUACAGAUAUAGCCUCAAAGUAAUCUUAAUAUGUAAUAUUUUGGUGUGAUCAAUGUUGGUUUGUAUAACUUUUAUAAAGAAUGCUCUUUUCAGACUUUCAAUAAAGAUAAAUUUAUGAAAACCAA